AUGGGGGAUGCGCCAGCGGCGAUGUCGACAACCGUGCCGGAGGUGAUUCUUGUGGGGCACACGACGUAUUAUCGACACUUUACGCGGGGCUCGCGUGAUUUGUACGCCCCUGAGGCGAUGCUGCCGGACCCGCCACCGCAGCACGUGUGGAGCUACUGUGUGUCGCGGGAUCACAACGACACGGUGUUUUUCCACAACCACGCGAGCGGGAGGUCGCUGUGGGUGCUACCGCGCCUUGCAGGGGACGGCGCGGAGGCAGCUGAUGGCGCGGAGGAAGUUAUGCAGGCUAUCGGCUCCGUCGAAUCAGCUGCAACAAUGCGGAAGCACGUGGCAUUUGGAUCCAGAGAUGAGGCGAGCCAGGGGGACGCUGCGGGUCGUCGCGCCGUCAUGCGACAGAGUAUUGAGAAGGCGGUGAGGGAGGCUCAGGCGCAACGGACGGCAGAGACGGUGCCAACAACGGCGCCCGCUGGCCCUGUUUCUGAUGAAAUCAAUAACGAGAAUAACAACACGGUACACGUGCGUGAGAGACUGGCAGUGUGGCGCGCCAAACGGGCGCAGCAACAACAACAACAGCAACAGGGCGGCGAUGCGCCGGUUGUCUCAGCCCAGAGAGAUGACGUAGAAAAACGCGUGCAUCACGAGUCUCCUUCUUUGUCUGGCCUCCCCCCAGCAGCAGCAACCGCGCAGCGAGCGUCUUUGUUGGGUGGUAAAAUAUCUUCACAGAGUUCAUACCAUGCGACGGCGCCGAGAGAGAUGGAGAUGUCUAGAGGUGUACAGCCCAUAGAAGACUUUCAAAACGUAGAAAAGGCUCCCUCCCGUCAACGGACGUAUUCAUUGCUUGAACGCGAUAUUUAUGAUGAAAAGCGGCGCCUCUUUCUUGAGGCUCAUGAGAAGCUACAGCAGGAGAGGGAGAUGACACUGCAACAGGAGCGUUUUGCACUUGAACGUGUCGCUCGUCUGCAGGAGGCGCAGCAGCGUGAGGAGGAGGAACGCACGCGACUGGCGACGGAGCGGAGGCAGCUUGAGCAACAGCGUCUGGAGCUGCAGAAGCGGGCUCUCGAGCGGCAACGUGAACUGCUUGUGAAGGUCGAGGAGGAGGCAAUGCAGCAGGAGCUGGCGGGAGAGUUAGAUAACUUUUUUGAAACCAAGUCGCGGCUGGUGCAACAGGCUCAGGCUGAGCGUCGGCGUUUGGCGUCGUUCGAGGAGGCCAUCGCGGAGUCUUUGCUGGGGACCGUGACCCAAAGCCCCACGGCGCCACCAAAGGAGGAGCGACGCAUCGACCUUCGCCUGCUCGAUGAGAGCGACACAGACAAGGAUGACUCCUCCAACAGCAGCAACAAUAACAAGAGCAACCAUCGCGGCGUCUUGAGGAGAGGCGAAGUUCCCAACAGGCGGAUGUGUCAGAAGGCUGCUGGCGCUUCUCCUUCGCAGCGAAGGCGGCAGGAAAAAGACCAACAACAACGGCGCUGUGAACGCAUUACGUACGGUCCCUCUCUCGUUUAUGUGGGGGAUGUGACAGGCGGGGGACGCAAGCCGCCGUCGUUUUUGCAGCGUCAGGGGCGAGGCACGUUUUUUUACGACAAUACGCAGAAGUACUUUUUCGAGGGAGAGUGGUGCAACGACAAGAGGCAUGGCGUCGGCGCCCUUUCGCUCCCGCACGCUGCGCUGGAGGGGACAUGGCUGCGUGAUCAGCUUGAGGGUCGUGCGACGUUUCACACCAAACGGUUGAAGGGGACAGGGGAGUUCAAGGAGGGUGUGCUUGACGGAAACGUUGUUGCUGAAAUUGACUGCAACACCGUUUUUGCGGGACGUGUGAAGAAAAAUGCGGCCAUCGUGGACUCUGGCGCUAUCACGCUCGCCUCAGGCGACCAUGUGGAGUGGAUACGCGAUGACAAAAAGAGCCACCGAGGUCCAAGACAGCAGGUUGCAACACGGUCGUGUAAAUUUCCCAAUGGCUCCGGAAGCUGCCGCAUUCGCUUUGCAAACGGCGACGUGUACGUUGGUCAGGUGGAGAACUAUCAACCACAUGGAACUGGAACCUACCGCUUUGCCGCCGAGGGUCAGGAGUAUGUGGGAGAAUUUCAGCAUGGCCGGCUUCAGGGUCGUGGCACAUAUAAUUUUGCCAAUGGCAGUGUGUACAUUGGGCAGUUUUACAAGGGGGUCUUUCACGGGGAGGGGCAAUACGUGCAGCGGGACGACUACACGUAUGAAGGCUCCUGGGAGUACGGCACGGCGCACGGCAAAGGAAAGCUGAUAUUUGCAAACGGUGAUGUGUGGGAGGGGGAAUUUGAUCAUGAUCGUCGCGUGACUGGACGCUACACCGCUUCCCAUUUGUUUCAACUAUAG